AAGUUUAGAUGAGAUGGCAAUCAAUUAAUGAAAUGAUUGAAUCUUCAGGUCAUAAGAAUAGCUUCUCGUCUAUGGAAUGCCACUCUUGUAGAAGACUAUGCGUUUGGUGUGAAUUAUGUGGUCAUUCGAUCCAACGCUGAGAUACGUCUGGACCCGACUCUUAAUAUACAGCAGAACAGACACAACGACUUCUUUUCCGUGGAGACCAAAGCCAUACCAGACGUGACAUUACUGUUGCCCCGAGAGGUGAGCUGGUGGUGGCUUAUCAUAGCCGUCCUCUUGGGCCUCAUUUUAUUAGCUCUUCUCAUACUCAUCCUCUAUAAGGUUGGUUUCUUCAAACGAAAAAAGCCGGGAUAUAUGGCCGCCAAUACUGAAGACAAAGACUAACCCGUCUUAAGAUAUUCAUUACAACUAAUGACAGCUAAAACAUCAUUUCAUUUGUUAUGAAUUCUGUGAAUAAUUAAA